GUUGACACCGAGAAAGGGGUUGUCUACGUGGAGCCGCGCCUGCGAAUGGUGGAGCUGUCCCACUACCUCCUCAGGCAAGGCUAUACCGUCCCUUGCGUACCAGAGCUCGAUGACCUGACAGUUGGCGGGCUUCUCAUGGGUUGCGGGAUCGAGUCGACCUCGUGGAAGUACGGGAUGUUCAACGAGAUCUGCAAUGCCUACGAGCUUGUCAGCUGCACCGGCGAGGUUCUUCAUGUCACGCCGGAGAGUGACAAGGAGCUGUUUUACACGCUGCCGUGGAGCCAUGGCACCCACGGCAUCCUAGUUGCGGCCACGCUCCGCAUCAUUCCGGCGAAGCCCUUCGUGAAGCUAGAGCUGACGCACUGCGCAGAUCGAGACACCCUCUGCGAGAAGCUGCAGAAUGCAGUCGCAGCAGGGGACCACGAAUUUGUAGAGGGCCUCGCCUUCAACCCAAAGUCCGCGGUCGUCAUGAAGGGCUCCUUUGCGGACGCUCCGAAAGGCGACAGCCCGGUGCUUUCACUGGGCCGUUGGUAUGACCGGUGGUUCUUCAAGCAGGUCGAAGAGCUGAAGAAUGGUCAGGUCUACAUGC